AUGCCACACUCGGCGCUUAGCUACCUGAUCAGAAUUAAGCUGAUCAUCUAUUGCUUUAAGAGACUCCUACUGUUUAACAAAUACAAACACAUUCAGCUAGAAAAACAGAAAAGGAAAAAGAAAAAGAAGAAAAAGUUAGAAUAUGAAGAAGCAGGGGAUGUACUUGUAAAUUCUGCUUCCUAUGAAGCACCCGUAAAAAAAAAACUCCAGACGAAAACAAUUUAUUUUAUUAGACAUGGUGAAUCAAUAUGGAACAGUGUGUUUAACAGAAAGAUAACAACCAAGAAUUUUUUGAACAUCUUUCUCAUUUUCUUCUACGAACUAUUUUUUAUUUUUACCAAAAAGUCCAGUUUACUUGAUUCUCCAUUGAGUAAAAAUGGUAUACAAGAGUGCCUCGAGUUAUCCAAAUUUUUAAACGACAGCAUACAUGAUUUAGAAAAUACCGAUUUCUGUGGAGGCGAUGAACUUAUGCAGUUAGAGUAUAUAGAUAAAGCCACCAAGGAGAUGGACGCCUUCUAUGGUAAACUAUGUGAUGAAAACUUUGACCCGGUUACCCUGCAAGAAAAACACUACCUCAGUAUUUAUGAUGAUUUUUAUUCUAUCGCUACUGAGGAAGAAAAGGAAUAUGCAAAAAUUUGUGAUGGAGAUCACGAGCUAUCCGAGUUAGAACAGCACUUUAAAAAUAUUUGUGAUGGAUACUUUGAUGGGUUACUAUACGAAGGAGCUAAGUUUGUUCCUCGUAAAAUUGAAGGAGAUGAUGAUUAUUUCUCCUGCGAGGAAGAGAGUGAUGAGGACUCUUUAGAAGAUGACCAGGGUCAUUCAUCUAAAGAUUCCAAAUCAACCUUGUCACGUUCCACAAGUAAAUUGCCACAAACAUUUGGUUCUCAAGGCAAUAUAACUCCCUUGGAAAAUAGUAAUGCAGAGGGACCCAGAAUUCCUGAUAUACCUGCUAUGACUGUCCGACCAUCGGAAGUUCCCACUCCUAAUAUGGUCCCAUUACCUGGUUCUAUGCCAAAUAUAGACCCCCUGCUGGGUUCUCUACCAAAUGUACCUAGUAUGACUGCCCUCCCCUCGAAUCUAGCGCAAAUGAUGCGUCCAGACAUGGCAAUAGCCCCAAUGGCAAACUCAACAGUUAACCAGGGUCAAAUGUCAAGCAGUCCCUUCACGGAAGUAGCACCACCAGGGGUUAUGACACAUAAUAUGCAACCUCACCAGGAAGAAAAAAGUAAAAAGCAAAAACAAAAAGAAGAAAAAAUGAGAAGGAAAGAAGAAAAAAUGAGAAAAAAAGAAGAAAAAAUGAGAAAAAAAGAAGAAAAAAUGAGAAAAAAAGAAGAAAAAAUGAGAAAAAGAAAAGAAAAAGAAGAGAAAAAAAUGCAAAAAAAACACAAAAAGAAAAAAGAAGAUAAACACAAAAAUGAAAGUAAAAAAGGCAAAAAGCACAAAACUAUAUCGGGCAUAUUGAAAAUUCUAGACUGUAAAGAGAAAUCUGUUUUUAGCGAUGAGGAGGAUUAUGUUGAUGAAGAGGGAAGCGAUUCUGUAGAGAAACCCAAAGAGCAAGAUAUCCCAGUUAAGAUGGGUAUACGAAGUCUGGUUCUAGCGAAAUGGAGAAAGCCCAUGUUGUUAAAGACCAAAUCGCUAUCUGCGAAAGCCGAUACCACCAGCGAGGCCCCACCCGCAACUGCACCUCAAGCGGGUCCACCAGAAGUGACUCCACUCACUGCAGCCACACCAGAAGUACCUACACCUAAAGCGGAUACUACAACCAAGGCAAUUGCACGUAAAGUAGAGGAAACCAAUGUAGAGGAAACCAAUGUAGAGGAACCCAAAGUGAAAGAACCCAAUGUGGGCGAAGCAGAAGUAGGUGCACCCAAGGUAGAAGUUCCAAAGCCGGGACCAUCCAAAGUGGAAAAACCCAACGUGGAGGAACUCAAAGUUGGCGAAGCAAAAGUUGUCUUCCCGAGAGAAGGGGCACAAAAAACUGUCGAACCAAAAGUCUCCCAUUCGACAGUCUCCGAACCCAAAGUUGUCGAACCUGGCGAUAGGGCAAUUCCACAAGCUGAUAAUGCUGCUACUAGAUGUCCCGCACUCGGAAGAUCUCUCACAAAAGCACUCACCGGUUCUUCCAAUCAAAUAUCAACUUCAGCAGAAGAAACACCAAGCACCUCUAGCACCGUUGAUACUAAAAAAGAAAGUAACGAUGGCAGUACCCUAGACAUUCCGAAGAAAAAACCAAUAUGCUUAAGACGUAUGGCCAUGGAGAAUAUUCUCCGGCGCACCCGCCGUACCUCCAGUAUGAAAAGUGAAGAAGAUUUUCAUAUUUCACUAAGUUCAAGUUCUGUUGGAAGUAUACAUCAGGACACAAGUAGCAUAGAGGAUGAAGAAGAAGAAGAAAACUCGGACAACUUAGAUGCCUUCGAAAGUGGAGAUAGUAUAGUAACUGAAGAUCUUGAUAAACAGUGUAUAUCAGAAAAUAUCCUUGAUAUGAGUGUAAAGGAACACAUCGAUGUUCUUAAUAACAUGAAAUAUAAAAGUGUUGUGUUGUGUUCAGAUUUAAGAAGAGCCAUUACAACUUGUUUCAUUGCUCUGCAGGAUCGAUUCAAAACAUCUGACGAAAACGUCUAUCUACUGAAAUCACUACAGGAACUUAGUAGAAAUGUAGAUUCAAUUACUUUGUUCAAUUUCUACCAUAAGUAUGUUACCCCUAAGACUAAAAAUUACGUCAGUGAUGAUGUUGAUGCUUUGAUUAAGCAGAAAGUUAAAGUGGCCCCCCAAACAAACAAAAGAAGAUUCCUGGAUACCCUCUCAUACAUUUUUAGUGAUCCAAACAAUAUCUUUAUCAUUUUUGGUCACAGUUUGUGGUUUCUAAGUUUCUUUAGGAGCUUCUUAGAACCACCACACAAGGCAAGAAAUCACAAAAUGAAAAAUUCCAGUGUUGUCGUAUUUAACAUCAGCAAAUAUAAAGAUGAGCACGGAGAGGAACAAUAUCAAAUUGACCCGGACAGUGUUAAGGUUGUUUUCAAGGGUUUCGAGAAUAAGGUCUACAGUAAGGACUAA